GAGGCUCGUCUGCACCAAGGACCCUGCAGAGGCAGCAGCCAUGGAGCCUGGCAGGAGAAGAGGAGUCCAACAGAUGCCUGAUGAUUUCCUGACUGUUGAAAUGUUCUGAAUGCUGAACUUUCUUCUCUGACAAUGAACAAUUCAAAACCACUGUCGUUGGCUGGAAUUGGUAUAUUUUCCAAUGCUACCUGUCACACAGAAAAUAGGAUCUCUGUGUUUUUUUCCAUUAUCUUCAUGACAGUGGGGAUUUUAUCCAACAGUCUUGCAAUAGCAAUCCUUAUGAAGGCCUACCAGAGGUUUAGACAAAAGUCGAAAGCAUCCUUUUUGCUUUUUGCCAGUGGCUUGGUUAUCACAGAUCUGCUGGGCCAUUUAAUUGCUGGAACCAUUGCAGUGUUUGUAUAUGCAUCUGAUAAAGAUUGGAUUCGAUUUAAUCAAUCAAAUGUUCUCUGCAGUGUUUUUGGCAUCUGUAUGGUGUUCUUUGGACUAUGCCCUCUUUUUCUGGGCAGUGUGAUGGCUGUUGAACGCUGCAUUGGAGUCACUAAGCCUAUAUUUCAUUCAACAAAGAUGACUUCUAGACAUGUAAAAAUUAUAUUGACUAUGGUAUGCCUUUUUGCCAUUUUCAUAGCUUUGCUGCCUAUACUUAGGUUAAGAGCCUAUCAAAUUCAGGCAUCAAGAACUUGGUGCUUUUACAAAACAGAACAUUUUGAAGACUGGGAAGACAGAUUUUACCUCUUACUUUUUUCAUGCUUGGGUUUAUUGGCCCUUGGUAUUUCAUUCUUGUGCAAUGCUGUGACGGGAAUAACACUUUUAAGAGUCAAAUUUAAAAGUCAACAUAGACAAGGCAGAUCUCAUCAUUUUGAAAUGAUCAUUCAGCUCCUGGCUAUAAUGUGUGUCUCAUGCAUUUGCUGGAGCCCCUUCCUGGUGACCAUGGCUAAUAUUGGAAUCAAUGAAAACCAUUCCUGGAAAUCAUGUGAAACAAUACUUUUUGCUCUUCGAAUGGCAACAUGGAAUCAAAUUUUAGAUCCAUGGGUAUACAUUCUUCUGAGAAAAGCUGUACUUAAAAAACUGUUCCAGAUUGCUAGAAGAUUUUGUGGAGUGCGUCUCAUUAAUUUUCAUGCAUGGGAACUCAGCUCCAUUAAAAACUCUUUAAAAGUGGCAGCAGUUUCUGAUUCCCCAGUUAGUUCCAAGCAAACAAACCAGCAGCUACUGAAUUCACCAAUGCAAUAAAAUGCAACAAGAGACUGAUGACAUGAAGGUGUACUGAUCAGGCAUCUCAACUUUUUGUAGAAGUAAGUGUGGCCUGGUAUUUUCUGAAUGUUUAAAAUAUGAAAUCUGGCUCCAUUUAUGGAUGUGUAUCAAUCCAGAGCUGCUAUUCCAGAUCAUCACCUUCUGAAUAUAUUUUCAAGAAUGGUCUUUAUGUAACCAAUGCAAUCAAAUCGAGAGCCAAAGAGAUGAGAAUUCUGUAUAGCAGAAUAAAAACAAACGUAUUAAUAAAUCAAUAUUUAAGACAGAGUGGUAAACUUUUGAAAUAAUGACACUCAGUAGAGUAAAAUAAUAAAUAAUAAAAACAAGGCAAAUCUAGCCAUUGUUUUCAGUGGGAUGUAUUUAAGCACGUAUUAAAUACAAGAAUUAAAAUAAAUAAAAGUAUCAAACUUUUUUUUUUAAAAAAAACCUUUGGUUGGAUUCAAUUAUAGUAUGUACAUAUAUGUGUCAUAACAAUACUGAGUUCCAAACAUCAUCAGCUCCCAAGAAAGAUAUUUGAUUAGUUUAAUACAGACUUCAGGCAAAAUGCCUCCAUAUAUCAAAUGCUCGGAGCUGGGAAGUUAUGUCCUACUUGGGCAAUUCCCAUAGGCAGAUGUGUGGACCAAAAAUUGGGCUUUUAGGUAGUCUUUUAAUUUGAUCCAAAAGGGCUCUUAGGCUCUUUUGUAGCACGUCAACUUGUUUAGCUUGGUUUAGAUGAAUCCUUGUAGACAUCUGUGUUAAAAGGAAGGUGCAAAUGAUGAAAUGUCUUGUGGGUGAAACUUCUGUUAAAAGUGGCAAUGAAUCUGUGUUAACUUCAGAAGAUAUGUUCCAUGUUGCUAGUAUGUGUUCACUUUUUCUUGCAAAUGUAGCACCCAAACUUGGAAAGUGUGAGUUCCAAAAAUUGUGGUAGUAGCAGAAGGGAUUCAGCACUUUAGAAAUUAGGCUCCUCACCAUCACAAUUUAAAAUAAGUGCACUCAGAAAAAGAAUUCAAAAUGCAAAUCCAGAAGCCAGUAAAAGAUAACUUAUAAAGAAUGGUGAUGUAUAUGUUAUGCAUAUGUUAUGCCAUUGCCUCAUUGACUAGUAAUUAGCUAGCUGUUACACUACUUUGGCAUUUUAAUCACAAUCAUUUGAUUGAGAAAUCACAUUUAUGCACUGUAAUCUUGUUGUAAAAUAUAAGGUGCCGGAUUUUAGACGCUUGACAGGUCAUUGGUAUGUACUUUUAAUGUUUCUGUUUAUUUCCAUAAACAUGAAAAUCCCAUGUUAUUGAGGCCUAGUGUGUAGCAAUAAGAGUACCAAAAGAAAAGGAAAACAGAUGAAACACCACUCAUAAACAGUUAUAACAACAAAGUGAAAUUGCACCAUACUUAUUUUGAUCUAAACAAAAGAAAGUAGCUAUGACAUAUAAUUAUACUUGUAUAAUGUUUCAGGCAGUAGAUUUAGCCUUAAAUGUGAUAUCACACAUUGAAUCUUAAAAGUAAUUGUGGUGCUGGAGGAAUUAUUUUAGGAAAAGAGAAAAACAAAAAGUGGAUUAAUGAAAAAAGA